CGCAUCGCAUCACUAUCUCGUUCUCCGACGUGCGAGCAGGAGGCGAAGUUUUCGCGAGUUUUAAUACUGCCAUCCGGAAUCGCAGAAACCGUACCAGAAUAUGGCAUCGUUGGUGAAUAGUGUACGCGGCCUGGCUUGCCGCAAUACGUCCCUGCUCCGUUGCGUGUUUUUACGCUCGGUGUCGUCGGCCACGGUCGCCCGGCGGGAUAGGUGUAAUGAGAAGUUUUUGACAGCCCCGGCCUCCGCACUGCUGUCCCCCUUUGAGCCAAAACAAAAUGGUCGAUGGCAACUAGAGAUAGUCAGAAAUUACAGUGCUAAGGAACCGCUAACGCUUCAGCUGAUCAAAGAGCGUGUCCUGCUGGUGCUCAAGCUGUACGACAAAGUCAAUCCCGAAAAGCUUACACUGGAGUCGCACUUCAUCAAUGACCUCGGGCUCGAUUCGCUGGAUCAUGUCGAGGUGAUAAUGGCCAUGGAAGACGAAUUCGGAUUUGAAAUUCCUGACGGCGAUGCGGAAAAGCUUUUCAGACCUGCCGACAUUGUCCAGUAUAUCGCCGACAAGGAAGAUAUUUAUGAAUAAGGUUUUCAUAAGCAGGACUCAAACUGUAAAAACUCUGUAUCUGGCAGAUGCUGUAGAUCCUAGUGUGAGAAAUUGAUGAUGAAUGUUGUAAACAGAUACUAUUGAUGGUCACCUACGACGAAAGCGUGCUGUAAGCAAGAAGAGAUGCCGGUAAAUAUGCAUUGGAAGGCACAAACAUCUGCACAUGGAACAUAACAACAAACCUAUAAAUUAGGGUACACAGCUACUCCGUGUUGCAAAAGAGCAAAAAAAAUAGAUGAAUACCAUUAAUACCAAUAAAAUGUAUCUGCUAUUUCGUCGCUCCUGUUAAAA